AUGGAGUGCGCACGAUUACUGUGGUUGCCAAUGGGGUUGAUGAUAACGGUCCUACUUCCGCACGGUAACACGGCCACCUUGAUAGACCUGUGUCACGGUUACCGGUACGGGGUGACCACGUGCURGGACCCGACACAACGAUUCAACGUAUUCGACGUGCAAACGGGAUCGGGACCGAACGGAGCGUUCACCACGGAGAGUUUCUCGAUGCCCGAACACUGCGGCACUCACUUGGACGCGCCGUUUCACUUUAAUCCGAACGGUUGGAAACUAGAAGACAUCCCCCUGGAACGGAUGGUGGUUGAAGGCGUACACGUGAAUGUAAGUAGCGAAGUCAACGGAAACAACGACUUUUUACUGACUGUUGGCCAUUUGAAAGCUUGGGAACAAGCCAACGGUCCGCUGCCCAAACGAUCCGUGAUAUUGGUGAACUUCGGUUGGGCUCACAAAUUUGGUGAUCGUCGGUUGUAUUACAACAGUUUAAGUGAACCGUAUAGAUUUCCCGGACUGUCUAUAGGCGCGGCCCAGUGGAUCGUCAACUCAGGAAAAGUGUACGGCGUCGGGGUGGACGGACCGAGCGUGGACCCUGGAUGGUCGACGACGUAUGAAGUGCACGGGUUGCUGUCCAAAGCCAAUCUGUACAACCUGGAAAACGUAGCAUUGAACGGCACAACACUGCCACCAAGAGGGUUCAAGCUAGUCGYCCAACCAAUCAAGAUYGUCGGUGGCACUGGCGGCCCUGUCAGGAUAUUGGCUUUCACCAAGAAUCUGUUCAAAUCAACAUGA